AAAAAUAACCCAUCUGGAUUCAAUAAUUGGACUGUAUUAAUAACAAUUAUCGAAAAGUCUAAUGAUAUCGAAAAGAUUAGAAAAGUUUAUAGCGAAUUUUUAAAUGAAUUUCCAUUAUGCUUUUUAUACUGGAAAAGAUAUGCCGAUCACGAAUACGCCCAUAACAACGCCCCAAAAGCAAUACAAGUAUUUGAAGAAGCUGUAAAAGCUGUAUCCCAUAGUGUUGAUAUUUGGCUUAACUAUGUCACACAUUUAAUUGAUAAAUCACACCCAGUAGAUCAAAUUAGAGAGGUUUUUAAAAGAGGUUCAAAAAUAAUUGGUACAGAUUUUCAAUCAAGCAAAUUUUGGGAAAAAUACAUCGAGUUUGAAUUAACACAAAAUGAAAACCAAUUGUCUCAAGUAUUUAAUAGCAUUUUAAAAACACCUUUAGAAAAUAUUCAAUUCUUUUAUGAUAGAUUCAAAGAAUUAAUAGAUAGAAUAAAUGUUAAAGAAAUGAUCACCCAAGAAGAACACAAUAACUAUACUGGCGAUGAAACCGAAACUAAAAACUUAAUUUUAAAAAAUAGAGAAAUUUGGUUUAACCAAACUUUAGAAAAAACAAAUUCAAGAUUACAAUUUGAAUUAAUUGUAAACAAAAGAUUUUUCUUCCACAUUCAACCAAUAGAUGAUAUGACACUAUCAGUAUGGAGAUCAUAUUUUAGUUUUAUGGAAAAAGAUACAAAUUCAACAAAAGAGGAAAUUAUUAAAUUAUAUGAAAGAUGUUUAAUUCCAUGUUGUUACUAUUCAGAAUUUUGGUUAAAAUAUGUCGAAUAUUUAGAAAAACUAAAUAACCAAGAAGAAACUAAAAUAAAUAAUGAAUUAAUAGAAAAUAUAUUUGAAAGAGCUACAAAAAUAUUUUUAAAAAAGAGACCCGAUAUCCACUUAAAGUAUUCACUAUAUUUAGAGGGUGUUAAAGGAGAUACAGAAAAAGCAAAAUCAGUUUUAGAUAAUAUUCACUCAUUAGUACCAAAUCAUAUUGAAACCAUCCUCAGAAUUAUUUCAUUUAAAAAGAGAAAUCAAUUAAACAGUACCCAAGAAAUUAUUCAAUAUUUUAAAAGCAUUUUGCAAGAAAAUGAAUCUGACAAAUCAACCUAUCCAUUCCUUUUAGUAAACUAUAUUAAAUUUUUAUUAUUAAAUAGUGACAGUAACAAGAGUUCAGUUUUAGAGGAAUCAAGAGAGAAACUAAAUAAAGCAGUUACAGCAUUUUCAAAUUCAAAACUAUUAUGGUCUUAUUUUAUAAAUUUCGAAACCAAUAUUCAACUAUUCAGCAAUGACAGCGAUAAAGAAUCAAACAAUAGAAUUAUACAAUUAUACGAACGUGCAUUGAACACAAAAACAUCUUCAUUAUCAUCUGACGAUAAAAUCGAAUUUUUUAAUAAUUAUUUAGAAUUUACAAUUAACCAAUUAGAAGAUAUUCAACUCUAUAGAGAUUUAGAAUUUAGAUUUUUAAAAUUAUAUCCUGAUGGUAAACCAGAAUCAAAAAAAAGAUCAUUAAAUGAUUUAAAUAAUAAUAGCAAUAACAACAUUAAUAAUAACAAUAAUAACAAUGCAAAUGGUACAACUAGUUCAUCAUCAUCCUCUACAAAUGAACCCCAAUCAAAGAGAAUAGCCUAUUCAGUACCUCCAACUUCAAAUGGUAGUGCCACUAUUUCACCCUCUGCAACUAAUCCAAAUGCCCCAUAUUAUUAUCAACAACAACCUCCUCAACAACCUCCUCAACAACCCUAUCCUAAUUAUCAAAACAAUUACUAUGCUGGUGGCUACGGAUAUUAA